UGAGUGAGAAGCGCACCAGAGAGCCCACGUUGGCUGCUGCCGGGAGCGCAGCGUCGAGAGGCGAGAGGCGGGAGACUGCGAACCGGGCGCCGACGCUGCGGUCACUGCUCCGCACACCGGCCCACUUCCCUCUCAUUCUUUCUGGGAGCGGAGUCUGGAGGGCAGCCGGGAGAGCACUGAGCGGAAAGGAAGAUCCCUGCAGCCUCCGCUUGGGGAAUAGAGCAGCACGCGGAGCUUUGGAGGGGAGCGACCUUGCCGGAGGUUGGAGGGGCGAGGAUUUGUGAGUGAGAAGGGAGUCAAGCCCCAGGCAGAAGAUUGGCAUCUCCGGACUCCUUGUCCCCACAGCCUGGGCCGGCCCCACGGCGGGGUAAACUUCGCAGCCGCUCUGCGAGCCAAGGAAAGACGUGCGCGGCGAUGCUGCCCGGCAUCACCUCGAGCUGGUGAGCGGCCCCACCCCCCGCCGCCCGGUGUCCCACUCCGCGGGGCGCAGGCAGCGAGGCCCGAGAGCUACCGCUCCGUGACCUGCCUCGGACGAGGGCGCUGGCCACGGCUCAGCCCGGACUCUGACGCACCUGGCCUGUACCUUGCACUUCCAGGGACCUGCGCGGGAGUGUGGUUCUCCUGGUGAUCUCCCCCUUCGCCGCCCGCCCCCCGCAUCCUGGGCAAUUGGGGGCGCCCCAGUGGACCAUGAGAGAUAAGGACUGAGGGCCAGGAAGGGGAAGCGAGCCCGCCGAGAGGUGGCGGGGGCUGUUCUCGCCAAGGGCCACAGCGGCAGCACUCCGGCUCCACGCCUUGCGGGGCCCACGGGGCCAGCCCGGCCGGGCGGGAAUGCUGGGGCUGGGACAGAGGGCGCAGUGGCUGUGCUGGUGGUGGGGGCUGCUGUGCAGUUGCUACGGGCCCCCGCCGCUGCGGCCGCCCCUGCUCGCCGCCGCCGCCACCGGCCGCGGGGCACUGCUCGUGGAUGGCGGGAGCCCGGGCCACGCGGAGCCGUCCUCCUCCUCCUCCUCCUCCUCGGGCUUCCUCUACCGCCGGCUCAAGACGCACGAGAAGCGGGAGAUGCAGAAGGAGAUCCUCUCGGUCCUGGGUCUCCCUCACCGGCCCCGACCCUUGCACGGCCUCCAGCCUCCGCAGCCCGCAGCACUCCCGCAGCAGCAGCAGCCUCGCGGGGACCCCCCUCCCGGGCGGCUAAAGUCCGCGCCGCUCUUUAUGCUGGAUCUAUACAACGCCCUGUCCAACCAGGACGAGGAGGGCUGGCCGUCAGACGAGGAGAGGCAGCAGCCCGGGCCCCGGAGAGAGGCCAGUGCAUCCCAGCCCCGGCAGCAGCCUCUCGGAGUGGCGCACCCCCACAACCGCAAGAGUCUCCUGGCCCCGGGACCUGGAGGCAGCGGCACGUCCCAACUGACCAGCACGCAGGAUAGCGCCUUCCUCAACGACGCAGAUAUGGUCAUGAGCUUUGUGAACCUGGUGGAGUACGACAAGGAGUUCUCCCCUCGCCAGCGACACCACAAAGAGUUCAAGUUCAACUUAUCCCAGAUUCCUGAGGGUGAGGCGGUGACGGCUGCAGAAUUCCGAAUCUACAAGGACUGUGUUGUGGGGAGUUUUAAAAACCAAACUUUUCUUAUCAGCAUUUAUCAAGUCUUACAGGAGCAUCAGCACAGAGACUCUGACCUAUUUCUGUUGGACACCCGCAUAGUGUGGGCCUCAGAAGAAGGCUGGCUGGAAUUUGACAUCACGGCCACUAGCAAUCUAUGGGUCGUGACCCCACAGCACAACAUGGGGCUCCAGCUGAGCGUGGUGACUCGGGAUGGACUCAACAUCAACCCCCGAGCUGCAGGCCUGGUGGGCAGAGAUGGCCCUUAUGACAAGCAGCCUUUCAUGGUGGCCUUCUUCAAAGUGAGUGAGGUCCAUGUGCGCACCACGAGGUCGGCCACUGGUAGGCGCAGACAGCAGAGUCGCAAUCGCUCCACUCAGUCCCAGGAUGUGUCCCGGGUCUCCAGUGCUUCAGAUUAUAACAGCAGUGAAUUAAAAACAGCGUGCAGGAAGCAUGAGCUUUACGUGAGCUUCCAAGACCUGGGAUGGCAGGACUGGAUCAUCGCACCCAAGGGCUAUGCUGCCAACUACUGUGACGGAGAAUGCUCCUUCCCACUCAACGCACACAUGAACGCGACGAACCACGCGAUUGUACAGACACUGGUUCACCUUAUGAAUCCUGAGUAUGUCCCCAAACCAUGCUGUGCGCCAACUAAACUAAAUGCCAUCUCAGUUCUUUACUUUGAUGACAACUCCAACGUCAUCUUGAAAAAAUACAGGAAUAUGGUUGUAAGAGCUUGUGGGUGCCACUAACUUGAAACUAGUUGCUGGGGACGCAAAUACUGCCUUGGAUUCCUAGAUUACAUCUCUGCCUUAAAAAGCUCACAGAAGCACAGUGGAAGUGGGAUGAUGACUUUGAACCACCUCAUGCCGGUUGGUGCCUUACUGCCCAAGGAAGAUUUUAAAGGGCUUCAGUACUGAUUUGCUCACAUAGAAAAUAGCGUGAGUAGUUGGUUUGCUGGAAGCUGUUUGAAUGUCCAUAGCAUAAAGUCUGGUAACUGCAGAAAUGUAACUUUGAAGGGUUCUUCUUCCCCCAUAAAUGUCCACCAAAAUUAGUGUUAGCUUUACAUCAAGCUGUUCGUGGUAUUACUGAGUAAAGAAGGAAAAUAAUCUGAAAGAAGUAUUCUUGGCUAAAGUAUCAGCCAGUUUAGUGACGCUGCUCAAAAAUAGAUUUUAUAGUUAACAGAAAUUGGGAGGGGAUGCCUCUAUUCAUUGAUUUCUUUCACAGGAAGGUCAAUUUCAUAUAGGAUCAACAGCCCGAGCCAUAACCAGGGCCAUGUGGAAGUGCCUUUUGUCCCAGUAAUUGCUGUUCCAUGUUUGUGCUGGCAUUUCGUUGGUGUGAGAGCUAUGCGGUUUCCACACCUCAGCUGUCCCGUUUGCUGUUUUCUUUGCUAGUACCAAAAGUACCCGCUCCUACUUCAAGGAGAGGCCGCCAGGGCUGAGAAGCAUCUCUGAUAGCCAUCACUGUAACCGUGCGACAUGUGAAGGCAGCCCUGCAGCUCUUUUUUUGGAACGGCUCUCUGAAAAGCACAUUAACUUCAGGACCGCUGGCUCUAAUAUCUCACCUAUUUCAGUAAAACAGUUCUUUCCCUUUUACUACACAGCACACCAUGUGGCAGGUGAGAACCAGUCAAGGAAAUGCACUGAGAAAGGGGCUCCUAGCCUUGAGGAACAGGAUUGGGUGGCCAUGCUGUUUAUGAACCGAAAUCAGUUUUCUCUUGUAGAAAGCAAGACUCAGAUGAAAUCUUAGAAUAUCUUUUAAAUGUCUUUUUUCAUGUACUGGGAAAUCAAUUUCAUACUAAACUGAUUAAAUAAUACAUUUAUGAUCUAUACUUGCACUUAACAGCUUUUUUGUAAAUAUAAACUGUAAUUUAUUGUCUAUUUUAUAUCUGUUUCGCUGUAACAUUUAAGACCAGACUUUUUUUUAAAAAAAGAGUUUAUUUAGAAAGUAUCAUAGUGUAAACAAAUUGUACCACUUUGAUUUUUUUCAAUACAAGACUCGUGAUGCAAAGCUGAAGCCACUCAUGAGGAUUGUGCUUCUCCAGAAAGCUGGGUUUUUUAAAAGAACAUCUGUGAACCAUACAUGAUUAAUAAAGAUUUCCUUUAAGGCA